AUGCUGAGCACACCGUCCCAGUGUGAAUUUUCCAUGGGCAAAACUUUGCUGGUAUAUGAUAUGAAUCUCAGAGAGAUGGAAAAUUAUGAAAAAAUUUACAAAGAUAUAGAAUGUAACAUUGCUGGAGAACAUGAAAAAAUUGCUGAGUGCAAAAAGCAGAUUCUUCAAGCAAAACGAAUACGAAAAAAUCACCAAGAAUAUGAUGCUUUGGCAAAAGUGAUUCAGCAUCAUCCAGACAGGCAUGAGACAUUGAAGGAACUAGAAGCUCUGGGCAAAGAAUUGGAGCAUCUUUCACAUAUUAAAGAAAGUGUUGAAGACAAGCUGGAAUUGAGACGGAAACAGUUUCAUGUGCUUCUUAGUACCAUCCACGAACUUCAGCAAACACUGGAAAAUGAUGAGAAGCUCUCGGAGGUGGAGGAGGCUCAGGAAACAAGCAUGGACGCAGAUCCUAAGCCCUAG